AUGACGGCUCUGACGCCUGGUGAAACACUUCAAUUAUACUUGGCAGCUUCCGGAGAAGCUAUAAAUGCAGUUUUGAUAGCAAACAGAAAGGGAACUCAACAACCUAUAUAUUAUGUGAGCAGAAUUUUGCAAGCACCAGAAACAAGAUAUCCUGAGAUCGAAAAGCUUACUCCCGCACUAGUCCAUGCGGCCCAAAGGCUCCGCCGACCAGAGGUAUCUGGGAGAUUGGCAAAAUGGGCAGUUGAACUAGGAGAACAUGAAAUCGAAUUUAAACCAAGAUAUGCAAUCAAGGGGCAAAUUCCGGCAGAUUUUCUUGUGGAAGUUCUGCCUGCAGAUCCAAAAAGCAAGAGAAAGGCAGAAAGCAUUGAAAAGAAGGAAGAGGUGGAAGAAUCAGAAAGCCAAGAAACACGGAAGCUCUUUACUGACGGAGCCUCCAAUGCAGACGGAUCCGGGGCAGGCCUCAUUUUAACAAGUCCAGGUGGUCAAGAAUUCACCUACGCCCUGCGAUUCAACUUCAAAGCUUCUAAUAAUGCAGCAGAAUAUGAAGCAUUGUUGGCAGGUUUACGGAUUGCAAUACAAAUGAAGGUGGAACACAUUCACGUAUGCGUGGAUUCCCAAAUUGUGGCAUUCCAAGUAGAUGGGACAUAUGAAGCAAAAGAGCCCGCAAUGAAGAAAUACUUAGAAAAAGUCAGGCAGGAAAGACAAAGAUUUAAAACCUUUCGAAUCCAAAACGUGAGCCGGAGUCAGAACAAAAUAGCAGAUGCUUUGAGUAAGUUAGCUUCCACUUCUUUUGCUCAUUUAACCAAAGAAGUUCUUGUAGAAACAUUGCAAAAAAGCUCCAUCGAAGAAGACGUUGUUGUCACACUCAUCGAGGAAGAAGGGCAAACAUGGAUGACUCCAAUUGUUGAAUACUUGACAAGUGGGCUACUACCAGCAAGCAAAGAAGAGGCAAGGAAAAUCAGAAUUAAGGCUCCGCAAUACACCCUCCGAGAGGAAGGCCUUUAUAGAAAAUCUUAUUUAGGACCCCUACUAAGGUGUGUUGGCCCGAAUCAAGCAAAAACAAUCAUUCAAGAGAUACACCGCGGAUGCUGCGGAGCUCACGCCGGCCCAAGAAUGGUGGUGGCUAAGAUCACUAAGAUGGGUUAUUAUUGGCUAUCUAUGCACAACGACACAAUGAAAGAAAUCCAAACUUGUGGCUCAUGCCAAAUACAUGAAAUAGCCCCGAAGGCUCCGAAAAAUGAUCUUAUUCCAGUCACAGCAGCGUAG